UUCUCUAAACUAAGUAGCUCUUUGCAUUUCGGAUGAGACGGUGCAUAUGACGAACACCUGGUGAAAGCGUCCAUUACUGUGUGGUUUAAUUAAUUUAUUAAUUAUUUCCAGUCUGUACUCGUAUGACGUACAUUGAGCUGUUACUUUCCUACAGUUAUCUGUCAUUACCUAGUCGAAAUGCAGAGCGAUCAACAGGGAGAAGAUGACAUUGUUAAGAAAUUUAUUAGAGCAAUGUUCAUGGGAGUCUCCCUCUCAUGUCUAGUCGUGUCUCUGCUCAUACUCUUCCUCAAGGGACUUCCUGCACUCGGAGACCUAGACUAUGUCCGCAGCAACUGCACGACAGUCGAGCAAGUGCACAGAGGGAUUGCCGUCUGUAGCUACAAUUGUUAUAAGUUAGACAAGAAAUGUACACGAGAACUCGAAUGUUGGCAGGAUUUUGUGCGAGCCGAACGAGGCGAGGCGACACGAGAUUUGUUACUGCUGCUCUACGACGCGAACUCGGAUUCUACCGGUUGUUCUAAUCUUCGCGGCUGUGCGAUCGACGACUAUCGAGACGGCAAGCAGUAUUAUACAUGUUAUCGACAUCCACUGCGAGAAGGGGUGGCUUACCUGCAUCGUCCAGCCAAUCCACUUCCGUAUGUGGUGAUACCGUCUGCUAUAUCGGUUGUCGUCAUUUUCUCUAUUUCUGGAUUUCUUUAUUGUUACUGUUGCAACAAGGUAUGUGUGAGAAGAGUGCACAGAGACAUUGGUCAUCAUCACAGGCCGAGAGUGACUUCGGUAUAGAAGAAAAGAUAUACGUACGUAUGUCUUAGCACGGACGAUUUAGGUUGAGGUUGGACCUCGCGUGAGUCUUUGGUAUCUCUGGAAGCUACUUUCAUCUGUUUAUAGUUACUAGCAUGCUUGAGCUAAUCUAUAGCAGGCACUUUAGCAAUAGGGAAGCUAUUCUCGCUUGUAGAGAUUCUAACUGUUCACAGUUGUGACAGUGGCGGAUCCAGGGUUUUACUGAGGGGGUGGUGUAGUGAUAAUUUCUACUUAUUAUGUCACUAUAAAUCAAUUAAAUUUGCUAGAA